UUCCUGUCACUACUGAAAACCCUAGCCGUCUCUCCCUCUCUCCCCCUUUCUCAUCUUCUCCGAAUCUCUUACUCAAAGCUGUGAGGGGAUAUCUUGUAUUAUCUUCUCUGUUUCUCUUCUGUUUUUAUCUUUUCUUUUUCUCCUUAUUUUUUCCUUGCAGAAGCUUUAAUUCCUGACAUUCUGUCAUAAUCUUCUCGCGGAUUCAAAGAAUGGGAGAAACCAAGGAAACCGAUGCUUAUGAGGAAGAGCUUCUCGACUACGAAGAAGAAGAAGACAAGGCCCAGGAUUCCGUCUCGGCCAAGGGCGCCGGUGAAGCGGUGAAGAAGGGUUAUGUCGGAAUUCACAGCUCGGGAUUCAGGGAUUUUCUUUUGAAGCCAGAACUUCUGCGAGCAAUUGUUGACUCAGGAUUCGAGCAUCCUUCAGAAGUGCAACAUGAGUGCAUCCCUCAGGCUAUCUUGGGAAUGGAUGUCAUCUGCCAAGCAAAAUCUGGAAUGGGGAAAACUGCUGUCUUUGUCCUAUCAACUUUGCAGCAAAUUGAGCCUGUUGCAGGUCAAGUUGCUGCCCUUGUUUUAUGCCAUACAAGGGAAUUAGCAUACCAGAUUUGUCAUGAGUUCGAGAGAUUCAGUACCUACUUGCCAGAUAUCAAGGUUGCUGUCUUCUACGGUGGCGUCAACAUCAAAACUCACAAAGAUCUACUGAAGAAUGAGUGCCCUCAUAUUGUUGUUGGAACACCUGGGAGGAUAUUGGCACUAGCAAGAGAAAAGGACCUCUCGUUGAAGAAUGUCAGGCAUUUUAUUCUUGAUGAAUGUGACAAGAUGCUUGAGUCACUUGACAUGCGAAGAGAUGUCCAAGAGAUUUUCAAGAUGACCCCACAUGACAAGCAAGUCAUGAUGUUUUCAGCAACACUCAGCAAGGAGAUUCGCCCUGUUUGCAAGAGAUUUAUGCAAGAUCCAAUGGAAAUUUACGUGGAUGAUGAAGCCAAGCUGACCCUUCAUGGUCUUGUACAGCAUUACAUUAAAUUGAGUGAGCUGGAGAAAAACCGCAAGUUGAAUGACCUACUUGAUGCCUUGGACUUCAAUCAAGUUGUGAUCUUUGUCAAAAGCGUGAGUAGAGCAGCUGAGCUCAACAAGUUACUCGUGGAGUGCAAUUUUCCAUCUAUCUGCAUCCACUCUGGGAUGUCACAGGAGGAAAGGUUGACACGUUACAAGGGUUUCAAGGAGGGGCAUAAAAGAAUUCUUGUGGCUACUGAUUUGGUGGGCAGGGGAAUAGAUAUUGAACGUGUCAACAUUGUUAUCAACUAUGACAUGCCAGAUUCUGCUGACACGUACUUGCACAGGGUGGGCAGAGCUGGCAGGUUUGGUACCAAAGGACUUGCAAUUACAUUCGUCUCAUCUGCUUCCGACUCUGAUGUUCUCAAUCAGGUUCAAGAGAGGUUUGAAGUGGACAUAAAAGAACUUCCAGAGCAGAUCGAUACAUCUACUUACAUGCCAUCUUGAUGGAAGAAGUUUGGAUGAAGUGUGGUAAUUCUAUUUACUUCAAAAGUCUGGGAGUUGGUCAACUGGAUGACUGUGGUGUGGACUUGGAUGAAUUCUUGUUCAAUCAAUUAAUUGGAAGUGCUCCAUUUCAAUGAAUUCAAUGCAUGAGAAGAUUUGCUGUUUUUCUUUUUUUUUUUUUUUGGGGGGGUGUGGUGGUGGUGGAGGUGCUGUUUUCGCACUAUGUAAUUGUUAUUGAAGUUUAGAGCAAAUUGGCAGCUGGAAAGUAGAUUUAGGUGAGAACUAUAUAUGUAGUAUCGUAGUUCUGUAACUCAAAGCAUUUUAGCGAGUACCAAACACAGUUGUUACCUUUUCUUUUUUCAUCUUUCACAGCUAUUGAGGUUACCCAAAUGGAUGUUCUAUGAGAAAAUAUAAGUUUGUUUCUCUGAUGUGAUGACCGAACACUAAUUGUAAAUUCAUUGCUUCCAUCUGUAGGGGUUUAGCAAAACUUUUCUGGAAUGGAACUUUUAUUAUCCCUUA